AGGAGCAGGAGCAAUCGCAUUCGCAAUAGCUGGUGACGGUGUACAAGCACGACAGCUUGACGCCCAGGUGCUGGAAAGGCUCAUUGCGCCAAACAGGCGCGCUCGGUAGCGAGCAGGACACGAUUAGCAAGAGGAACUGAAUCCGGAGAUCUACCACGAUGGCACCAGCGAAGCCAAAGUCAUGGCUCGCCGCCCAAUUGACACCGCGGAAGAUGCUCUUCUACACCCUCUUCCAUGGCUUCCACAUCUUUCUCUUCAUCUAUGGUUGGUACAAACAAGCAUCGACACCUCAACUUGCGGGUCUCAAUACUCUACAUUUCUCCGUCUGGUUCUCCCGAGGUGCUGGUUUGGUCCUGAGUGUUGAUGUCCUCAUGAUCCUGCUGCCUAUGUGCCGGAAUAUUCUAAGAUUCAUCCGACCAAAGGUGCGGUGGCUUCCGCUUGACGAGUCUCAAUGGUUCCACAGACAGGUGGCAUACAGCUUGCUCAUCUGGACCGUUGUGCACGUAACGGCGCAUUACGUUAACUUCUUCAAUGUUGAGCGAUCGCAGGUCAGACGGCAGGCGGCGGUGCAAAUUCACUAUACGGAGGCUGGUGGUAUUACCGGACAUAUCAUGCUGCUCUGCAUGCUACUCAUGUACACCACGGCGCACAAGAAGAUCCGACAGCAAAGCUACGAGACAUUCUGGUACACACACCAUCUGUUCAUCCCGUUCCUGCUGGCCAUGUACACGCACGCGACGGGAUGUUUCGUGCGAGAUACAGUGCAGCCAAUCUCACCCUUCGCGGGAGGGUACUUCUGGAACCACUGCCUUGGAUAUGAAGGAUGGAGGUGGGAGCUGAUUGGUGGUGGGCUGUAUCUGUGCGAGAGACUGUACAGAGAAAUCAGAGCAAGAAGGCAGACAGAGAUUAUCAAGGUUGUCAGACAUCCGUAUGACGCCGUCGAAAUCCAGUUCCGCAAGCCCAGUAUGCAAUACAAGGCGGGCCAAUGGCUUUUCAUCAACGUACCGUCCGUGUCACAGCAGCAAUGGCAUCCAUUCACCAUUACAUCGUGUCCUUUUGAUCCCUACGUGUCCAUCCACGUCCGCCAAGUCGGCGACUUCACCCGCGCGCUCGCCUCAGCACUUGGCGCUGGUCCUGAACAGCAAGAGCUCUACGAUGAGCUGGAUCCAAUGGGCAUGUACGAAGUCGCGCUCCAAAACGGCCAAGAGAUGCCCAAAAUCCGCAUUGAUGGGCCAUACGGAGCUCCGGCCGAGGACGUCUUCGAGAAUGAAAUCGCUGUCCUCAUUGGUACGGGUAUCGGCGUCACGCCCUGGGCGUCCAUCCUGAAGAAUAUCUGGCACAUGCGACUUUCGCCCAAUCCACCCAAACGGUUGCGCAGAGUCGAAUUCAUCUGGGUGUGCAAAGACACAACCUCCUUUGAGUGGUUUCAAGCGCUGCUCUCUUCGCUCGAAGCACAGAGUCUCUCCAUGACCGGCCCAGGCUCGGAGGCGGAGUUUCUGCGCAUUCAUACCUACCUCACGCAGAAGAUGGACAUCGACACCACGCAGAACAUCAUUCUCAACUCUGUGCGCAUGCACAAGGAUCCAUUGACUCAGCUCAGCAGUCAAACCAACUUUGGUCGGCCUGACUUUGACCGUUUGCUAGUCGCAAUGCGAGAAGGUAUACUAAACCAGAGCUAUAUGCCCGGUCUCAUAAGGCCGGACAAGAGGAGGGCGGAGGUUGGCGUGUACUUCUGCGGCCCGAAUGUGGCGGCCCGAGAUAUCAAGAAGGCAUGCCGCGAGGCGACGGUCAAAGACGUGAAGUUCAAGUUCUGGAAGGAGCACUUCUAAACGUGCCUUCUUUGCGACCGAUGUUUGCGGCUUUUCCGUGUUUAGCAAUAGACCUGUGCGGUUUUACUCCAGAGAUGGG